AUGUCGUCUUCAGUUGCCUCUGCCGGUGAGCAUACCGCUCAACAAAACUUUAAUCCAAGCUGGUAAGUUGUUUUUUGAUAUUGACAGUCUUUUGGGAGAUAUAGGUAUUCUGUAAAAUUAAUUAUUUUUGAGAAAUUCUUUUUUUUCUAUGAAUUUUUAAUUUUAAUUGAAAAACUACUUUAUUAGACCGAUUUUUCUAGGAUGCGUUCAACUUUCCACGGUGGUGGUGGCGGUGUCGGUUCGACUCCACGAGCUUCAGUUACUGAUGACGUUCAAGACGACUAUCCGUUAUCCGAACCAAUUCUCUCUGAUUUCCGUUACGGUCGUGAACAUUUAUUGGCGCUUGCGCCAAGAGACUCUAAUCCGCCCGAUGGUUUGGAAGAUUGUCCAUUUUUUGUGGAAAUCGCCCAAAAUCCUGUUGCUCCUAAUGAAUUGAAUGAUCAAGAACUGGUAAGAAAAUACUACAUACAAAACCAUAGUCAAAUUUUCGUUGCAGCGUCUUCAACAUAACAUAAACUCGUCGAAAGCAAUGUCAUCGUUGUCGCAUGCAGAACGUGCCUCAAUAGCUGCCGGUGCUGCUUAUGGAGGUGGUUAUUCGACAAACAAUAUCCACUCGCCUAAUUCUUCUGUCAAUCGAACACCGGGUGGAGGCGGAUGGACAACACAACGUCAAACUAGUUGGUGUUAGUGAAAAUUAUCACUAAAAAUCUUUAAAUUCCUUAUUGAUUCCAAUUUUAGCCAAAAGCAAUACGCCUGAACGAUCGCAAAGAGGAGGCGCAAGUGUUCGAGGAAGUGGUGGUUUUUAUUCUCGCGGUGGCGGGCGAACUCCACAAGAAAAUGGAGGCGGAACGGUUAAUGGAGCAACUUCUGAUGAUUCUUAUGCGAAAUUUAGUGGUAAAUAAGCGCUUAUUUUUUCAUAACAUAAACAAUUAUAAUUCAUUUUUCAAUUCAGCGCUGAGACGAGGAGGUGGCCCUGCAGCUGUUGGUCGAGGUGGAAGCACAUCUGGUACACCUUAUAAUGCGAGAGCUGAACAAUUGUACAGCAAAGAUGGUAUGAUCAAAUUACAAAAUAUAUUCAGAGAAAAACCCCAAGUAUUUAUUUAUUUCAGAACGUCCACGUGGUAUCGGUGUUUCUCGAAGCGAAAGCGACGAAGAAACCGAUGAUCAAGGUGGAUGGUCAACUGUUGGAGCUAAAAAUAAUCAAGCUGCAGAAAAAGUUCGACCAGCUUGGGGAAGAUCCGAGUCAUGGUCCACUAGGAAUAAUGAUACUAGUAAUAUCGGAGGAGGUUAGAAUUGUUUCAAAAUCGAAUUAUGAUAAUUUGAAUUUUUUUUAGCUUGGAAUAGGAAUGAGAAGAGUAAUGGUGCUGUACGCGAAAAUACAAAUGUUUGGAAAGAUCGGCAACAAAUGUUGGAUUCGCUUCAGGAUGCGCCAAAUGAAAACAAUUUGAAUACUGCAAAAUCAACAAGUGAUUCAAAUGCACCUGAUUCAAACACGAGUUUACAAAAACAAAUGAGUGAUAGCGCGGCUACUACUUCGGAUAGUUUCGCAUCACAAACUCAAGAACCAGUCCAAUCGCAACAAAAUCAACAACAAUUUCCGGCUGUUUGGCAAAAUUCAGUUAUAACUGGUUUGCCAAGUUUAUUCGAAAUUGAGAGACUUCGAUUGGUUCAAUUACAACAACAGCAACAACUUGCUGCACAAAUCGCUGCUCAACAACAAGCUGCUGCUGUUGCUGCUGCACAAGCUCAAGCUGCUGCAGCUCAGCAGCCAAAAGAACCAGUUCAAUUUUAUUAUUUGGAUCCAUCUGAAACUGUACGAGGACCAUUCUCGAAAGAACAAAUGGUUGCUUGGUUCAAAGCGGGUUAUUUUUCGGAUGAAUCUUUGAGAAUAAAACGAGGUGAAGAUGGAAAAUAUCAAACAAUUGGACAAUUAUCUGCACAAAAUGGAAAAACAACACCUUUCGAUUAUGUGGAAGAUAAUGAAAAAUUGAGGACAUCACCAACAUCUCUUUCUCAAUAUGGUAUUGCACCACAACUUGUAAAUCAACCUGGUUUCGGAAAUUUCGGGUAAGUUUAUGAGAUUUUCGAAGUUAGCUUGGACGCAGCUCAAAGUUAUUCUUAUUAUAGAUCAUCUAAUAUGUGGGGAGGAAAUAUCGAUGUUUUUGUUCAAUCGACAGUUGAAAAGCAAGUUGCCGCCGAAAGAAUGAAAAUCGCUGAUGAAUUUACACGACGAGCUGUUGAAGAGUCUGAAAAUAUUAAGAAAAUGCAAGAAGCUAUGAUUAGACAAAUGCAUAUUCAACGAGAAUUGACAAAUCAACAAAUCAGAGAACAAGAAAUUGCACUUCAACGACAACAAGAAGAAUUGCAACGAAGAGAAGCUGAGAUCAAAGAACGUGCACUUGAAUUGACGAAAAAAUUCGAAGAACAUCAAAAUCAAUUGAGCGAAAAAGAAAGAGCAAUUAAUGCAGAACUGUCGAGAAAAGCUGCUGAAGAUAAAAUGAGAAAAGAACGAGAAGAAUUAUUGGCACAAAAAUUGAUGGAAGAAGAGAAUAGAAGAAAAAAAGCUGAAUUAGCUGCUGAAAUGGAGAAACAACGAUUAGCAAGAGAAUCUGAACUUGCUGCUGAAAGAAUUAGGCAAUUAAAUAUUCAAAAGGUUAGUUUUAAAAUACAAAUACGGUGGAAAUGAUUGAUUUUUUCCAGAAAGCUGAAUCGGAAGCUUUGAAUCGCAAGAAAAAAGAAGAAGAAGAUCGCCGAAUUGCUGAAGAAUUGUCUCAAAAGAAAUUCGAAAUUGAGCAAAGUUACGAAAAAGCAUCGAAACCAAAACAAGUUUCUCCAACUGCUAGCGAUGAUUCUGAAAGUGGAUGGACUUCUGUUGCUAAAACACAUACAAAACCAGCACCUUGGGCAGCAGCAAAACCAGAAACUGCUAAAGAAAAAACUCUUCGUGAAAUACAAUUAGAAGAAGAACGACAAGCUAAGAUCGAAGCUGAGAGAUUGGCAAAAUUGAAAAAAGAAGAACAGAAAGAACAAAUGAGUUUGCAAGCUGCGGGAACUUGGGGAAAUGCUUCUGCAAGAUUACAAUGGGCUGGAAAUUCGAAUGGUUCACCAUCUUCUAAAUCGAAAAAUAAUGCAGCACCAGUUUGGGGAAGCGCACAAGAAUCUCCUCGUUCAUAUGUUUCACCAUUGUUAGAUGGUCCUUCAUUGGAAGCAGCCAACAAGAUUCAACCAGCUAAAAAGGUUCAACCAGUUGCUGCAGCUAAGCCUGUUGCGGCUGUUGCUCCACCCAAAAAAGCUACCGUUGCACCAACACCAAAACCAGUAGUUGAGGUAAAUGUAUGUUAAUUUUAAAGGAAGGAUAAGAUGAAAGUUCCAAAUGAACAAGAAUUCCGAAAAAAUACUUUCAAAUAAGUUGAUCAGCUUGUCGAAACCCUUACUCCGUAUUUCGAAUAAUUCAAAAUAUUUUCAGCAAAAAUCAAAACAACAACAAGCUUCUGAGCAAAUGUCUAACUGGUUCUCUAAACGAUUCAAACAAUUAUCUAAUAAUUCAGAUGAAGUUGAUACAUCAAUGCUCUUCACAUGUGUUAUGGAUUUGGAAAAUCCAAACGAGGUGAGUUCAAAAUGUUUUUUCAAUACAUACAUUCCACAAAUUAUUCUCGAACCUCCCUCGAUUGUUCCGAAUAUGAAUUCAAGCGAAGUACUUUUUCUGCCCUUUUUUGUUCGCAAAAGGACAAUUGGCAUAUUUUUAGAAGACAUUUAUUGUUUGUUUGACUUUCGAUGGAGUGUUUGUUUUUUACCAGUAGAAUUGUAAUAAUAUUUUUGUACUGAUUCAGUCUGUCUAGACAUCAAUUUGUCUCAUAGCUUCAGAAAAUAAUGCUUUUUAGUCAUUUUCACAUGGUUAUUUCACAAAUAUGUCUAAUAUUAGAUUUUCAGACUUACCACAUUCAAAAUAGUGUUGAUAUGAUUAUGAAAAGUUCCCAGUUCUUGUCUUUAUUAUAUUCAGAAAUGAGAAAUUCGUUAUUUUAUUUUUCUAUUUAAAGUGCCAAGAUUUCACGUUUUUGUAAGUCACGUAAUUGUUUCCAAAUUCCUCUUUUUACAUUUGGUCUUUUCAAAUUCACACCUAAAAUAGCUUUCAUUUUUUUCUUUCCCAUUCUCUUUUUUUCAGUCAAAGCAUUAUUUAAAAUUAAAUUAUAGACGCCGUUUCAAUUUUCUAUUUCAAAUUAAAGCUAUAUUGGACUCACGACAAAUCAUAAUCCAAAAGUUUUUUCCUCGUAUCCAUUUUUUUCAUGAGCAAUAACAAAAUCUAAAAAUAGGAUGUUAUGAUAAUUUCCCUUUAGACAAUAGUUAUUCACCAAAAGCAAAAAAAGUAGUCUAAAAAUAGUCGUGCGCCGUUUUUGUUUUUUUAGGAGAUGUCGUUUUCUUCUCAUUUCAUCGAAUGUAUUUUUCAGCACAAAAAAAUAUGUGCGGUUGUAUAGUUGCACUUUAUUAGUUUUUCCAGUCGAAAACAUAUAAUUGGAUUUCCCUUGUGAUUAUUUUUUGUCUGAUUCAUUUUUAAUAUCAUACUUUACUUUAUAAUAAGUAGGAUAAUAAUAUAUAAAUAUUAUAUUGUUGGAAAUCGAUAUAAGCUUCUUUCUAUAAUCUUCUCAAGUAAAUCUAUUUUAUUUCUAUUUUUGUUUCAAGUAUGCAUUAAUGUUUAUUAGUUUUUCUUCCGUUUUUUAUUUUCUAAAACUGAAAAUGACCUCGUGUUCACGCGAAAAUUCUGGGAAGAGAAAGUGUUUUGUUUGUUCAAACACACAUAAUUUAUAAAUAACUUUGAGUGAAACCUAUUUUUAUAUCUGAACAAAUAUACCGAUGUGGGAGAGUUAAAAAUAAUUCAUUUUUGCUUAUCUUCUCCAUGUUCUCUGUUUUUCUGAAUUUUGAUAAAGAGCUAUUUUGAGAUCUUAGAAAACUGAUAAAUCAUAUGUCAUAUAUAAGUAGGUAGAUACUGUAAUAAUUGCUAGUUUUUCGAUAUUUUAUUUCGUGAUUAUUCAUCGAAAUUGUUAUUUUUCAGGUCGAAGACAUCGUUAUGUCGUAUUUGGACGAAAAUAAAUCGGUCAAAGAAUUCGUUCGCGAAUUUUUGAAAAGACGAAUCGAAUUGCGUGCAAACAACAACAAAACCAAUGAUCAUGACGAUUUGUCAUCAGCUCGUGCUGUUUCAGCUGCUCCAUCUGAUUCGAAUAAUGGAUCGAAUGGAAAUAAUGCUGGUGUUCAAGGAAAGAAAAAGAAGAAGGUGAGAAUAAUUAUUGAUUAGGAUUCAGAAUGAAAUAUUGAAAUUUGAAAAUAAGAAUCUAAUUUUUUUCAAAUUUGUCUCUAAUUGUAAAAUGAAAUUUGAAUUUUUAGACUAAAAAUUAAAACCAUAUUUUUUUAGAAUCAACGCAUGGUUCUUGAUGGAAAUAUUUUGGGUUUCCGCGGAGCUGCUGCAUCUGAUCGUCUCAACAAAGGUGAAAUUGAUGCAGUUCCAACUGCUCCAGUUAAUCCAUCUCGUCGUUAA